AUGACCAAUAAUACUCUUGAUAACUGGAACUCCGGUGCUUCUGGUGGCCAGGGCUCCGGUAACGUCAACAAUUCCAUGCUCAACUUAAACGAUGACUACACCAAUAUCCUUAAUAACUUGGGGAAUAGCCAAUCACAGCUACUCGGUGAUGAUCUUGCCAACCGUCAUGACUCACAGUCUUCUCAACAAUCACCUUACAAUCUUCCUAACUUGAAUGCACGCCCCAGUAACGAGAAACAACCAAAUUUGGACCUUCUGCUACAGCACUACCAGGAGCUUUUCAGCCGUUCAAGCGGGGGGAGCGGCGACAACUCUCCCGAUCCUUCCGGCGUUGUUGCCCCUAACACAAACUCCAAGGCGCUUGCAGCCCAAGAAAACAAAUCUGUCAUUGCGGAAAAACCUUGUGAUCAUUGCCGUAGAAGACAGAUCAAGUGUGUUAUAGCACCUGAUUUGCCCAACUGCGUUCAGUGCGAGAAUAAGGGAAUCAAGUGCGCAUACUCGGAGCUGCCGUCCUCACGUGUGCCCACCGACAUUGUUCCAGAUAAACAAAAGCGCUCUCGCGUUGACGAAAAUGUCGACGUACAUGAGCUUUUGAAACGGGCGAAGCUUAACAACAACGACUCAGUAUCACAAUACUAUUCAGACCUCCUUCAAAACCUCAACCAAAGCUCCAAUUCUCGGAACCCUUCUGGGCCGUCUCAAUACCCUACAAGGAGCAACCAACUCAACCCCUUCAUGAUGUAUGGGACACCAGGCCUCAACGAUCAAGCUUCUAAAAGUGGAACUGCCAGCGUUCAUAACGGAGCGUCGCCAGCCUACCUUUCAGGAAAUACAACUUAUAAUACAAACAACCCUAUAGCCCAAAAGAUGGCAUACACGCCACCUCCAAUACAGUACCCAAGGUCGUCAUUUUACGUGGGGCCCACGUCUGUUUUCGACAUUAACCUCGUGAACCAUGUCAAGCUCGACAAGAUCGAUCAGGUUCAGCUCUCGAAGACUCUUGCGCUACGGAAGGUUGCUCCCAAUGUUCAAUUCUUACUUCGAGAUGACCUCAACCAACAGUUGUACAUGAAGCAAGAACAGGAGAUUGAUAUGGUGGAAAAGCUAGUUCAUCCUCAUGGCAAAAUAUUAGUCGACAUUUUUUUCAAGCUAAUACACCCUCAGUAUCCAAUCCUUCAUGAGCGAGUUUUUCUUGAAAAGUACUCUAGGUCCUAUCGAGAACUAACGGCGCCGUUACUAGCGGCCUUGUACUCUCUUUCGCUACAAUGGUGGGAUUUCCACCCGCAGUUGAUUGGAUUCCCUAAGCCAGAUGUCGUCAAUCAGUUGAAUGAAAUUGCAUUACGAACUUUUUUUGACGUGGUGGAAAGGCCGAAGCUGAGCAUCAUACAAACAGGCCUUCUAAUACUGCAGUGUCGUAGCGAAAGCUCAAGCAACUGGGUAAUAUGUUCCGAAAUCGUUGCUCUCGCAGAGGACUUGGGUUUAGGUAUUGAUUGUCAAGACUGGAGGUUGCCCGGUUGGGAGAGAGGGCUAAGAAGACGUUUAGCAUGGGCUGUUUGGCUGGAAGACAAAUGGGCUUCUAUGAUGGAAGCUAGGUACUCCCAUUUGAUACUCGGCCGUAAUUGGCUUGUCAAGAUGCUUGCAGAUGAAGACUUUCCAGAGAGCUCUCCUGUUAUUAACGAUUCUAAUGGUAACAACAAGAUGAACUAUCAGGGCCUCAAAGACGUUACGAGUCCUGUGGGGAAUAUUUCAAUGCUUGACAUGACUCCUACUGGCGAGGAUUUUAAGAAUGGGAAACUUCUGUUCCAGCAUAUGGUUUCUCUUAGCAUCAUAUUAGGAGAAGUCAUGGACACGUUUUACACAUUAGGAGCUCUGAAAACUGUGACUAAAAUUGAGCAGGUGCUGAAACUUGCAAAACCACUCCAGCUAAAAAUGAGAGAGUGGUAUCAUUCUUUACCGUCUCAGUUGUCUAUGAAUAAUUUUCAACAGCGAAGAUUCACCAGUAAUGCUUCACUCACACUUUCGUAUUUUGCGGUGGAAUUAACAUUGCACAGAAAGAUCAUCACAACUUUGAAUAGUGAAACUUCUCCACAAUUGGUGCAAGUUUGCCGCCUAGCGGCAAAAACGCGAUUAAUUGCUGCUAUCGAGUUUGUUCGUGACUUGAAAUUUGAGCAUGUCAAUUCUUUCUGGUAUACUUGCUCAACAGGAAACUUGACUUUAAUUGGUACAUUCGCUGCCCUGCUUUAUGUGACUGCCCCAUCAAAGGAAGAAUCCAUCGUUUUUCGGGACUGCCUACGAAACUUUGUUUGGAUUUUAAGGAUGAGUUCAAAAGGAUUUGAAAAGGCUGAAAACGGACUCAAGAAGAUACAUAUGCUACUGGCUCAGAUCCCAGGUCUUUUGACGGACGACCCUGUUGUACCCCAACAACCUCAGCAAUCUUUCGUUGCGCCCCCUUCAGAGUCACCUAUGAUGCCUCAACAACAAUUACAGCAGCAGCAGCAAAGGCAACAACAACAACAGCAACAGCAACAGCAGCAGCAGCAACAACAGCAACAGCAACAGCAACAGCAACAGGCAGGGCAGCAAUCUUACGGUGCAGCAUUGAGCCAGAGCCCCUUUGAUCCACAACGCUCUUUCAAUCAACUACGCCAACUGCCUCCCGAAAUACUGCAACAGCUGGCUAGUCUACAAAACAAUAUGCCUUCCAUAAAUUCAUCAAGCAGCACUGAAGAAACUAUGAAGCCCUCAGAUCAUAGAAGUGUGAAGCCUAGCCGUCCUGAGGGCCCUGAGAAUAGAGAAACUUUACCUGACUUCCAUAACAUGUCCCCUGAGUUGACAUCUCUUGAUUUACGGAGCUCUCCGCAAAAGAAUACGCGUGCUCAACCAGAACAUGAAUCAUCAACUAGGCCAGAACAGGCGGUAGGCUCUGAAGACACUCAACAAUCACCCACAAAAACUCCUGGAAUUACUGAGAAGUCAAAAAUAUUGACUCCUCAAAGUGUGUAUGGAGCGAAUGGUAAGAAAGCUAACGCCUCAGAGCAGAAUGAUGAUCACUCUCGCGAGAUCAACAAUUACGAUCCAAAGAGAGAGGGCUCACACGUUUCGCCUGCAUCGCUGGCUGAAUCUAAUGGCAACGACAAGCCUGUCGACAGCGGAAACGCGCAGAAAGUUUCUCGAGACCUAGAAGAUUCUGCUACAGCUGAGUCAAAGGAAACGAAAAGCGGGUCGGGGACUUCUAGUCCCUCGUCUGAUCAAACUUGA